CGGAGGACAGAGACUGAGGGGACGUGCGCCGCUGUCGGGCUGCGCGACACGAAUGAAGCGUUUCUGGCGCUUUCUAAGCGGAGGAGCCGAGCGCGAGACACGUCGCAUGCUGGCACUGCUCUGCUACUUCACAUGCCGCCUGGCCCCCAAGGUGAAGCCCCUGGGCACCCCGUUGCACUUCUGAAACCCGGAGACCCGCCUUCGGCAGACUGCGCAGGCAGGGAUCCUUGGUAUCGGCACACAGCUCAGGACUUCUCCGCUUUGGCUCUGCAGCGUGACAGUCGUCUACAACCAGGGUUGCUGGGACACCAAAAAGAAGACGCCAUGGAGCUGCUGAGCCUCAUCCUGUUGUGGGGUUUCCUGCUCGGAGGAGUCCGGGCAAAGCCCCUUUUCCCAGAGCACGAGAAGGACCCCGCCUUCUGGCAUUCGUGGGCACAGCGGACCUUGAGGACGGCUCUGUCACUCCAGGACCUCAACAAAAACAUUGCCAAAAACCUCAUUCUCUUCCUUGGCGAUGGAAUGGGUGUUUCCACGGUGACGGCAGCCCGCAUUCUAAAAGGGCAGCUAAAUAGGCAAAGUGGGGAGGAGACGGAGCUGGAGAUGGACAAGUUCCCUUAUGUGGCGCUCGCUAAGACAUACAACACCGAUUCCCAGGUGGCUGACAGUGCUGGAACUGCCACUGCCUUUCUGUGUGGUGUGAAGGCCAACUGGGGGACGGUCGGUGUGAAUGCAGCUGCUGUGCGGAACCAGUGCAACACCACUACUGGCAACGAGGUCACCUCUAUCCUCAAGUGGGCCAAGGAUGCAGGCAAGUCAGUGGGCAUUGUCACGACAACACGUUUGAACCACGCUACGCCCAGUGCGGCAUACGCCCACUCAGUGAGCCGCGACUGGUUUUCAGACGCAGAUAUGCCACGCGAGGCACUGCAGGCUGGCUGUAAAGACAUCGCCAGGCAACUCUUCGAGAACAUUCCUGACAUAAACGUGAUUAUGGGUGGUGGACGUAGAUACAUGCUCCCAAAGAAUACCUCGGAUGUGGAAUACCCCAAUGAGGCCAAGCACCAAGGCACCCGCUUGGAUGGGCGAGACCUGCUGGAGGAGUGGCAGAUGAAGAUGAGACACGAGAGAGGUGUUUAUGUGUGGAAUCGAAGGGAUCUCUUGGCAUUAAACCCCAACAAUGUAGACUAUUUACUAGGUCUCUUUGAGCCCUCGGAUAUGACCUAUGACUUGGAGCGGGACAAGGAGUCAGACCCUUCCUUGACUGAGAUGGUGGACAUGGCCAUUAAAGUUCUGAGGAAGAACCCUCGGGGUUUUUACCUCUUGGUAGAAGGAGGGCGCAUUGACCAUGGUCAUCAUGAAGGCAAGGCCAAGCAGGCCCUGCAUGAGGCUGUUGAGAUGGAUCGUGCCAUUGGCAGGGCUGGUCUCCUGACCAGUGAGUGGGACACCUUGACCGUAGUGACUGCAGACCACUCACAUGUUUUCAACUUCGGCGGCUACACCAUGCGGGGAACCUCCAUCUUUGGUCUAGCACCCAUGUUGAGUGAUAUAGACCACAAACCCUUCACUUCCAUUGUUUAUGGGAAUGGACCAGGAUACAAAGUGGUCAACGGCACCCGAGAGAAUGUCUCCACCAUUGACUUUUACAAUGACAACUACCAGGCCCAGGCUGCGGUGCCCCUCAGUCUGGAGACCCAUGGGGGGGAGGAUGUGGCUGUGUUCGCCAAGGGCCCCAUGGCCCACCUUCUGCAUGGUGUCCAUGAGCAGAACUACAUCCCCCAUGUUAUGGCCUAUGCUGCCUGCAUUGGCCAGAACCAGCGACAUUGUCUUUAUGCCAGAAGCGAGGCCCCAGAGCUCAGCUUGACCUGGUCCAGCCUUUUCACCCUGCUCACAGUCGGCCACCUGCUGUGCUGACCCGUACAAACAGUAUAUCACCCUUUCUGGCCACCAUUGACACCAGCCCUGCUCUUUCCCACCACCCACGUCCCGGUCCUACACUUUAUGUUUAAACCUGUUAUUCACAUUUCAAAUCACAAUUGCAGAAGAGUUUAGCUACCUGAAUCACUGGCAUGAAAACGAAAGAAGUUCGCAAAGUAUGUAAAUGUUCAGAAGUGUUAAAAGGAUGUUUUCAGGUGGAAUUGUAUGUGGCUUUUCCGGAAAGAGGUGAUGAGGUCAACAUGUGGACUUAGAUUCGAAAGAACUUUAGUUGUCUGAAAAGGGGAAUCAUGUCACUAUAAUAAGGAAUUUUUUUUUACAAUAAAAUCUCUCAUUUGUUUUUUAAAGAUUCUGUUUUGUAUGUCCAUGUGUAUAACUAAAGCACCAUUAUCAGAUGAAAUCAAACACAUCAGGUAUAAAAAAAUGUUUGAACCAUGUAUCUUGCAUCAGAAGUUUUAAUGUGUAUACAUUUUAAUGAUUGUUGUGCAAUGUAACACUGAAAUAUUUAUCUACCGGAUAAACAGGGAAUAAUUAGUACCUUAAGAGAAAUAGGUCAUUUUGCUAACAAAUAGUAUUUUUUCUCUCGAUCAUGCAGAGAUGAGGAUAGUGGAGUUUAUUUUAAGUGCAGCAGGUGGUUGGAAAUCCUGUGCUAUGGUGACGUGAAAGAAUGAAGAGACGCCAGGACUUGAAGAUCGAGUAAGAACCAGGAGACACGGAGACGGUAGAACUUUGAUGGACCCAACAACGGGGUGAUAUAGGGAACAUGAUGGGCUGUAAACAGGAAAACGAUGCUUGAAACAGGAGGCAGGAACAUAUGAGCGGAUCACUCAGAGCAAACUCUAGCAGGCACAAAAUGCAAAAUAUACUCAACAAAAGUCUGGAGCCUGAAAGGCCUGUUGUGUGGCUAAAUGCUUGUUGAGUUAUUCAUUGGGUUGUUGGUUCUUGAGCAACUGAAUGAUUCAUAGAUUCACAACAGGUGUGAUGGUUUCUGGUAGGUGGCCCAGAGCAGGGGCCUCUGAUUGUAACUGGAGGUAUUGCUCCCACGCUCAUGACAUUUUUAUUAAUCACUUUAUCCUUAAAUCUAUAUGCAUUCCUUUCAGACUUACUUACAUCUGAAUUUAUUGUUAAUCUUUCUACAUCUACCUCCGAAGCCAGUCAGACAUGUGAAUCAUGAGUGGGUUCAUGUAGGCUUCUGACCAGUUGCCUUCAGAGUUGACUCUUCAAGGAAUGAGGAAGACUCUUUCUCUUAAGUCCAAGCUUCAGGGGAUGCAUUUAGACAACUUCCAGCAUGUUUAUAAAGUGCUGUACCUAGAUUUUAAAGGUUUUUCAUUUAUCAACGCAUUGUUUAAGUUGUGUGAAACUGCCUUUUGUCUUUCUCUGUAGUAGCCAUUGUUUCUUGUUAUAAAAA